GAUAAGUGGCAGAAAAUGAAUGAAUGCUGUUGACAAAAUGUACGGUCUCAAAAAAAUGUUGUCAAUAAUAUGGAUUAUCAACAAUAAUUUGUAGGGCAAUUACCAUCCAGCAAAAUGUGUUAGCAUGACAGGGCUAUUUGAAAUUGAACUACAGCGUAUGUGUGCCUACAAUGUCUAACCUUCUGAACGCUACACUCCUCCACGUGUUUUCACUUCCUCCUUCCUGCCGUGUGGUUCUUCUAUUGAAAUGAUCCAUGCCGAGCUCUGAUCAAAUACACUUCUGCCACCUUAUGGCCGUUUUUAUGGCAUAAAAUGCUCUGAAAUGUUAAUGCAUUAGUGGAGAGUUGCAUCAUCACUUCUUUUUGCCUCUCAUGUAAAAAAUAGAUGUAUAAAAUUGUUUGUAUUAGGAGUGUACAACUUAACUGCAGUUUAAAUUUCUCACUGAACAGAGUAUCACAAUACUGUAUUAUGUAAUGGAUCAAGUAUCAUGAUAUUUAUCCUUGCCAGCCCAAGUAAUAUCCAUGUAUUCAUCCAUCUAGCCAUCUUCUUCUGCUUAUCUGAGGUCAGGUCUACUAUUACAUCCAGCUCCUCCCAGUAAAUCCUGGCAUUCCCAGGCCAGUUGAGAGAAAAUAAUCAGUCCAACGUGUCCUGGGUCUUUCCCCCGAGACCUACUCCGAGUCCGGCAUGCCCUGAACACCUCCCCAGGGAGGCGUCUGGGAGGCGUCCUGAGCAGAUCCCCGAGCCACCUCAUGUGGCUCCUCUCAAUGCAGAGGAGCAGCGGUUCUAGUCUGAGUUUCUCCCGGAUGACAGGGCUUGUCAGCUUCCAGUAUCUCUAAGGGACAGUAGACAGGAAUACCUGCGGAUACGACCCAAAUCUCAGGACCAUAGGGCUCUUCUUGUGUUCUCCACGUUCUUCAUCCUCCAGCCACUGACAUCAGUGGAAUGUUUCAAUCUCUUUCGAUAUUGAGGUUAAUCUGAUUAUGAAGAUUAGCGUCGUGAGACUUCCUCAUCCAUGACAACCAAAAUGGAGACUCCUUUCUACCAUGACGACUCCACCGCCGUCCCCAGCUUCAGCCACGCUGCAGAAUAUGAGCUUUACGCCGGAAACAAGAUGUUCAUGACUAAGAAGACCAUGUCCCUCGCGGGUAGCCAUCAUUUCCCAAGUGGAGGUAAUAGUGGAGCGGGAGGAAGAGCGACAAAUCCCAACAACCUUGGACUCAACAACAACAGCUCCCUCAUGACAACGUCGGCAUCCCCGGCUGACAUGAACCAGCUGAAGCUGGCCUCCCCCGAUCUGGAGCAUCUGAUCAUCCAGUCCAACCAGGGCUUGGUCACCACCAGCCCCGUGUCUGGCUCCAGCAACCCUUUCAUCUAUCGCGGCCAGGCCACCAAUGAGCAAGAAGGCUUUGCUGAUGGCUUCGUCAAGGCCCUCGCAGACCUUCACAAGCAGAACCAGCUGGUAGGAGGCCCCAUGUCGCCAUCUUCCUCCUCCAACGUCUCCUUGCAGGCGUCCUACCAGAGGAACUUGGUGAUGAGCACCAGUGACAUGCCCAUCUACACCAACCUCAGCAGCUACAACCCUGGACAGAUGGCAUAUUCCAGCGGGCAGAUGGCAUACAAGGGUGCUGCAGGCCAUAAUGGCAAUGGAAGCACACAAGCACACAAUCGAGUUCUGGAUGCUCCUCAGACGGUUCCUGAGGUUCUUGGAGACCCAACGUCUCCGUCUUGCCUCUCUCCCAUUGACCUGGAGAUGCAAGAGAAAAUCAAAGCGGAGCGCAAGAAGCUUCGCAACCGAAUUGCGGCGUCCAAAUGCCGUAAGCGUAAACUGGAGCGAAUCUCACGGCUAGAGGAGAAGGUGAAGAUCCUGAAGAGUCAGAACUCGGACUUGGCCUCCACCGCAUCUAUGCUGCGUGAGCAGGUGACUCAGCUGAAACAAAAGGUCAUGAGUCACGUCACCAACGGGUGCCAGAUUGCUGUCGGCUCUGCCACCAAAUCUGGAGGCGGUGCUGGAAGCAAGGACCCCGCCUGCUGAGCAGACAUCAUGAGAGGAAGAAAAUACCUUUUUUACAACUUUGGAAUUUCACUAGUGCUCACUAAGACCAGCACCAAUGACCGAGUUGCAGUUAAGGAGCGGUUGCAACAAAGGGACGUUUUUUUUUUUUUUUUUUUUUUAAGAUUUCCACCAUCUCAGAACGGAGAUUUACAGGAAACCGCAGAGUAACUGGACAUUGGAUUUGACACCAGUUUGAAACCCUUUAAACGACUCAGCGAUUAUUUAUUGAACUAUUUGUGCAUCUUGUUACUUGAGUGGAAAUUGUGUUUCUGUGAAAUGUUACCGUUCACUUUCUUUUUUUUUCAGUAACAAGCUGAUUUGAGUGAAAUAAGCGUUGUCAUUUGUAGAACUCCUCGAAUGAAUUUAACGUUCUAUUUUUAGAAUUUUAUGUUCUAUUCUUUUCCAUGACUGUGUUUGCUUUGUGUUAGUCGGUUCCACGACCUCAAGAUCAACUCUUAACUUUUCUCAGUUGUAUUAACUUGCUGCUGCUGGAAAAAGCACAACAAAAACUUUAUUGCACCUUUUUGUCUGACAAUCAGUCGUUUUCACUUUUUUUUUGCUUGAAGCUGAUGGAAACUUAUUGAUAAUAACUUAUUAUAACUAGCUAGAUCUGGGGUGUCCAAAAUGUGGCCUGGGUGGCCAUUUGUGGCACAUGGCUGAUCUUUUUUUAAUCUGCCCUCUCAACAUUUAAAAAAUGCAAAACAACCGGAAAACUAACAAAAGAAACAAGAAAAAUGGAAAAAAGCAGUACUUUUAUGAGAAUAAAGUCAAAAUAUUAUGACAACAAAGUCACAAUCUUACGAAAGAAGUUACAAGUUGACAUAUUUGUACAAUUUAAAAACAACAUGUGAAAAAUGAGUAGUGGAGGAAAAGUAGUCAUACACUUUGUCACCUGCAACACGAAGCUGAGAUGCAGGCUGGCUUUUCUUUAAAUAUAAUAAUAUAAUAAAUAUAUAAUAAAAAUAUAUAAUAAAUAAAAAUAUAUAAUAAAUACAUAAAAAUCUACAGUUGUCCCUCAUUUAUCGCAGUUAGUUGGUUCCAGGUUCUAGAAGUCAGACUGAAUAUUAAUAAAUUGAAUAUUUCCAUAGUUAGAGCAUAUAAAACCUGUUUACGACUUCAUAAACACACUUUUAAAUAAUAUUAUAAGUAAAUAACACCCCUAUAGUCACCUUUACACUCUUAUUAUCUUUUGUUUGCAGCACAUUGCUUAACUGUAACGUGCAGCCUAUGGGAUCACUGCAGGAACACAAUGGACGGCCAUCGGUAUGAACAUAGCAUGUUAUCGCGCUAACUAGUUUGUUUCCAAUUAGUUUAUUCUAAAAUUAAGGGUUUCAAACGCAGUGGGGAAAAAGGACAAAGGAGCAAAAAACUUCCACAUGGAAUGGGAAGAGAACAUAUUUCUUCACUUCAUCACGUCUGGCUGCCUCCAUGCAGUGUUAAGGUAAUGUAAUGUAAUGUAAUAUGUGUCCAAUGUACCAUUACUGCAUAUAUACGUUACAUAUACGUUACGUAUACGUUGUAUUUCAAUAUUUUUGGACUAAUAAUAGUUCAAACGACAACAAAACAGCGGCCAUUUAUGAAUGCAAUGUAGCGAGGGACGACUGUAAGUUGUUAGCAUAUCUACAUACGUACAUUGUUUUUCAACAUGUAAAACAUCAGGCCCGCCGUAUCCUUGAUUUUACCGUGUGCGGCCCUCGCUGGGAAAAGUUUGGACUCCCCUGAUCUAGAUCUAUAUCAACAUCUGGAAUCAGCUUGGAGACAAAUGUGAACACACUGUUUCAUUUUCAGGUUGCAAAAUAAAUUAAUGCAUUGGUAAAUUAGCUAGUGUCAAAAUAUGUUUUUAAAAGAUGUGACGUCUCCGUCAAUAACAUUUUCCUUGCUUUAACAGAAAUAUGAGUGCCAUGCACCUUCUGAACAAUCGGAGACGCUAAUCAUGAAAAGAUUUGGAGGUGAGUGGAAGAAGAAGAAGGGAGACAGAGGAACGACCAUGAUAGAAAAUAACAACGCUCAUGUUAACGUCUGCAGGAAUCUGCUUGGAGAACGUGGGGGUGGAUGGGGAGAGAGAGGAGAGCAACAUACAGUGACACUGUGAUAACAGUAGCAAUUUCAACGCCUGCUAAAGCUUGAUUUAGAAAAGAGGAGUGCGCAAAACAAAAACAUCAAUACAUAAAAUCAUUAGUGUGUAAUAACAAACAAACAACACCAUACUGACUAUACAUUGACUGCGAGAACUGGGAUCUGGUUGGAGAUCAUGGUUGGAGAAACUGGGGAUGUGCAGGAAGCCAAAACCAAAUCAACAUCCUCAUCAGCUCGUGCUUAUUUUGGAAGAGAGGCAUGCUAAUAAUAAUAAUAUUGACAGUAGAUUAUCAUCACAACUAGGGCUGUGUUCGAAAGCGCAUACUAACUACUACACACUUCCAUGCCUAUACUAUCCACACUCCAUACUGCAUACCAAAUCCAUCAGACAGUAUGCAAAGCGUUUACACUACAGCUUACUACAUGAUAACCCACAAUGCAUUGCGCUCCUACCCGAACCGAAAUCGACAGGCAGAAGCUGAUUUUGCUUUAGCUCUAAACUCUUUAAAUACAUCACUUUAUUGGGAUUUUUUUUUUAAAUCAGGCGAGAAAGUGACCGUUUAGAUCCCGAGUGUGCCAUUUAUUUGUCCAAAUACCAACCAUUUUAAUUUAGUUUGGACAAAUUCAGCAAAAUUUAAGCUAGCCAAAGCAAGCAACGCACUUCCGGUUAUUUGCACAAAAUAAAACAUACUUUUCUCAUACAAAAAAACAUUGUGAUAAAUCACUGAUUUUACUAUGAAAACAAGAAGCGAACCAACUCGCAAUAUAUCCUGCUUGACACCGAUGUUUGGUCCAUCGCGGUGAUGUCAUGUCACGUUGCAUCCUGGGUAAUUUUUGUGUGAAUAGUAAGUUGAUGAUACAUAUUCAACAUUUCUGGCGAAUGCAGUGUACAUCCGGGAACUCACAUACUCAAAAAUGGCAUACUGCCAGUGUAGACACACUGCAUACUCAAAGAGUUAGUAUGAGUAGUAGGUAAGUAUGCGGUUUCAAACACAGCCUAGGACUGGUUAGGCUGACAAUACUGCAAGAAUGAGUUCAGAGAUGAGCCGGUAGUUCAAAGUGUGGCUCGAGAUAGAGUUAGCCAUAGCGAUAGGGAUAGAGUUCAAGUUUUGGGAGUUGAGUUUUGGGCCUGUAUGCAGCUGGACUAGCCAACAAACUUGCUGAAGCCUGACGCCUUUCCAACGCUACUUGGUCGUGUGGAAGAGUCAGAAGGGCAAGCAGUUAGUAACAGCUUACAGUUUUUAUAUGCACUGGCAGUGUGACCAACCACAGCAGAGUGGGGGUGCCUGGAGGCGGGUCGAGGGUGGAAAAAAUUAAAGCAGAUCGUUUAUUCGUGAAGGAGCACAAAAUCCAAAGAUAUACAGUCGAAUAGGUGCAGAUUCUGGAAGAACUAGAACACUUUCUGUGCGGGUUAUUGUGUGUAGCUGCUCUAUGAGUCCAAAACUCAAUACGAAGGGAUGAAAAAUGAGCACCAUACGAGCGUAAUACCUUUAAUAUAUUAAUUAUCUCAGAGAUGGGCACUCAUUUAAGAGUAUUGCUACUUUUCAACAAUUUUACUCAAAAAUGGAUGUGAUGUUACACAUAUUCAUAUCAGUCUUGUUUGAUAUCGGAAAUUGAGGGUUGGACAAUAUCAGCAUAUCGGUUAUCGGCAGAAAAGCCAACAUCGGACAUCCCUAUUUUUAACAUUUUAUAACAUUUUCUUAUGCAAAAUUUAUCAUACACCAUGACUUUCCACCACCUGUGUGAUGUCUUUAAUAUCAGUGUGACAACAGUGCGUGAGUUAGAUGGUGCUUGUCACUGCCAUCCUUCCAUAGAGUGGAGCAGCCUGUGUUUUGUUUUUGUUUUCAAGCAAUAAUGCAAAAAGCUCAACAAAAGGUGAUCAGACUUCUACAACAAAGUAUCAGAGCUUUUCAUGUACUUUAGGUACAGACACAUAAGUCCACCAAUGGUUUUCACUAUUAAAAACAAAAGAAAACAUGAGGCUAAAGGUUAGGGCUGGGCGAUAUGGACCAAAACUCAUAUCCCGAUAUAUUUAGGUAAAAUAUAGAUAUUACGAUAUUCAUUCAUUCAUUCAUUUUCUACCGCUUAUCCUCACGAGGCUCGCGGGGGUGCUGGAGCCUAUCCCAGCUGUCUUUGGGCGAGAGGCAGGGGAAAACCCUGGACUGGUGGCCAGCCAAUCACAGGGCACAUAUAGACAAACAACCAUUCACACUCACAUUCAUUCCUUUGGACAAUUUGGAGUUGCUAAUUAACCUAGCAUGUUUUUGGAAUGUGGGAGGGAACCGGAGUACCCGGAGAAAACAUGCAAACUCCACACAGAGAUGGCCGAGGGUGGGAUUGAACUCGGGUCUCCUAGCUGUGAGGUCUGCGCGCUAACCACUCGACCGUCCUGUAGCCUGAUUUGUUUAUUUGUGAAUUUUAAAUUCUAAAUGUUUCUGAGUAAAAAGCCUAUUUACGAACAUUCAGAAAGGAUUAUUAUUAAAGAAUUGCUUCAAUGCACCUUUCCUUCAUGAAAUGCACAAAUGAAAAUACCUAAAACAGGGCAAUAGUCAUAAAACAUUUCAUCCGAAUUGCAAAGUCAAUGUCAUUUCAUUUCUCUUUUAAAACACAUUAAAAUACAUAGAAAAUAAUAAUUAUAUUAAAGUAAAUAUACAGUAUUUUCUGGACUAUAAGUCGCCCUGGAGUAUAAGUCGCACAAGUCCAAAAAUGCAUCAUUAGGUAGAAAAAAAAACAUGUAUAAGUCGCAUUUUUUGCGGGUAAUUUCUUUUAUGACCAAAACAGACAUUAUGUCCUCUUGGAAGGCAAGUUGUAACAAUAAAAGAAUAGAGAACAGGCUGAAUAGGUGUAAGAUAUGCUAACACAAUGGUUAUUCAGCUACACUAAAGAUAAACAUGAACAGAAAAGGUGUCCAGUGUUUAUGUAACAUAAACAGUUGUUUCAUUUAUAAGUCGCUCUGGAGUAUAAGUUGCAGGAACAGCCAACCUAUGAAAAAAAGUGUGACUUAUAGUCCGGAAAAUACGGUAAUUUUAUUACAAUACUGUAACUAUUUACUAGAAAUCCCAGCGUUUUUGAAUGUUUCAUGUGAGCUGCAAUUUGUCCAUCAAUUGAUCGUUGCUGAGUGCAGUCCAAUAUUCUUCACAUUGUGUUUACUAAAGAUGUGUAUUUUGUACGUGAACGCUAAAGCUCAUAUGACAAACCUCCUUUGUCCCAAACCUGGAUAAAAAGAAGCGCUUCGACAGCAUGAAAUAUGUGUGAGGAGUAAGGCCAUUUUCGACUUGAAAGGAUUGAACAACAAUUCCGUCCAAAAUAUGAGAGUAAAUGUUUUUUUUUGUCCUCAAGUGUUUGCUUGAAAUUGUUUUGCACUUUUUCCAUAUUCUGCUCCAGAUGGAAUGACCCACUUACUGAGAGAAAGAGAGGGAGGCUAUGUGCCAUUUUGGUGACUAAUACACCCUCCACCCACAACUCCGUACACACACACACACACACACACACACACACACAUCCACACACAUCCACACACACACACACUGAACUGUGGUGAUCUUUUUUGGCUUAGAAAUAAUUUCCUGACAUUUUCUGAAUACAGUCGUCUCUCGCCACAUUGCGGUUAAAAUUUCGCUGCUUUUCAAACAUCCUAGAGCAGGGGUGGGCAAACUACGGCCCGGGGGCCACAUCUGGCCCGCCAAGUGUUUGAACGCACACACUUUUAGAGACACAAUACUUCCAGGUGGACUGUUACAUGUAAAAUAUAUAGUCUGGCCCCCCAUCAAUUUUGUGCGGCCCCGCGAGUCAAAAAAUUUGCCCAUCCCUGUCCUAGAGUCCCAUUUUCAACGCGGGAGGACUGCAAAUGUUUGUUGACAGUCAAGGCAGAAGACUUAAUUUCUGUCCUGUUGAUGGUUUAGUCAUCAAAUUAACUGUGUUAGUGGGCAAUGAACUACAGUCAGCUGCUGAUGACAUCAUAGACAGGCGACAGAGUUGACUCCCCCUUCCUGUUUCCAUGUAUUAGCAAGCUAACCAGAUUUAAACAAGGAUGUUUUGUGAUGAAAAUACAUAAAGAAAAUGUAUGCAAAGCAAGGCAAAAUGUGUAAAAGUUUGAUGUUAACCGUAAAACAGCUGGGGCGUACACUAACCAAGAUUCCCCUGUAUGUGGAAAUGCUCAAAACCUGCAAUGUAUGUUGAUGUGAAAUACUAUAGCUGUAGCCAGGAGAUUGAGGGAAUAAUCUGUGGGACACACCUAUUCUGACUAUGAAGCUCUCUAAAAAAUCUUUUGCAUCAAAAUACAUAUUUCCCACUGACGUCCGUUGUUAGCUAGUUGUUUUUUUAUUGUGCAAGAAUGCACAAAAAGGGGAAAGAAAUAUGUGUUCAUGUUUCACAUAAAUAUGGAUUGUAAAUGAUGGGCAAAAUUUUAAAAAAAUUAAAGGGGACCUAUUAUGCUAAUUUUCGUCCCUUUGUGUUGUUAGUUAGACCCCUAUAAAGCAGCUACACACAAUAACCAGCACAGAAAGUGUUCUAGUUCUUCCAGAAUCUGCACCUAUUCGACUGUAUAUCUUUGGAUUUUGUGCUCCUUCGUGAAUAAACGGUCUGCUUUAAUUUUUUCCACCCUCGACCCGCCUCCAGGCACCCCCACUCUGCUGUGGUUGGUCACGCUGCCAGUGCAUAUAAAGACUGAAGACAGAUCUUCCAGAAUCUGCACCUAUUCCAGCUGUAUUUCCUGGGAUUUCCAAAACGGUCUGUUUUAAUUAAUUCCACCCACAGCCCGCCUGCGGGCCCGCCCACUCCGCUGUGAUUGGUCACACUCUCAAGCGCACCCGAGGCGUUUCGGACUAUUGCUGAACCCCACUUUCUAAUUUUGUCAUUUUCGGAGUUGAUAAUAAAUGAAUAAAGCCUUUAGAGAACUAAUUGAAAAGUGUUUAGGAGCUACUAGCAGCUCAUGAUCUAGUGCUUGGAGACCCCUGACUUAGUACCUUGUAUGAACUCAAAGAGUGGUUACGUCAUGACACAACAUUUGGUCAUUAUACAUUUUUUUGCGGGACUACCCAUGUUUACUUGGGUAGACCCACCGAUUGUGGAGGAAAAAGGCUAUUAGCAACUCCACACAUCAGACGCUCCCUUUAUACACACUCUAUGAUGCUACACAGACAACCGCGUACUUAGACAAAAUAAACACAUUUAGGACACUGAUAAAUUGGUGCUUACAGUUUGCGCCUUUGACUCUUCAACAUGAUCAAGUAAGGUUGGAACAUCAGACUUCAGCAACAGUUUGGCGGAUAGUCCAACUUUGCCCAUGCGCACAAAACAGUCCCAUAUUUUUCUCUUCACCUGGAUCCUGAAACUCCAAACACUUCUGCCUGAUGCUUGCCUCUUUAGGCAAGGUAGCUUUCCCUCAAACAUGUCCUGGAAGCCAUUGCUCUGUGCUGCCACGGUGAAAUCCUUAACCAAACAGUAGAGAAGAGCGGGGGGAGGGAAAGGCUACAGCUUGUGCCCAGGGAUGCCCAUAUAAGGAAGGCUGGCACACUAUGACAUCACACUAAGCCGUUGUUAGAAAAACUCCUGAAACUGAGCAUUCAGAGCCAUCCCUAACUUCUUUCAGGGCUCACUUCCAAAUGCACAAACCUUGUUAUCUGAAACUUUGGCAUGGUUUAGCAUGAAAUUAGAACAUUCUCACAACAUUUAUAGGGAAAGUGGGAAAAACAUAAUAGGCCCCUUUAAAAGGAUAACAAGGUUUUAAGGUUAUUAAUACUUUGGAUAUGCACAGAUAUACAAGUGUUGAACAUUUCAGGAUAAAUAAUAAUAAAGAUACACAGUGGGGGGAGGGGGGUGGGGGUAAUCCAGUUCGGCCCACAGCCUAAAGUAUGUUUUGAAUUUGACAGCCCUGUUUUAUUCAUUAGAAACGGCCCUGUGUCAAGUUCAAUUGUCAGAGAGCGCAGAAAAAGAGCUGAAGAAGAAAUAGUGGAUGGAAAUCAGAUUAAUUUCCCCCUGAUCUAAACCCGCCCCCCCCGCCCACCCUCAUCAACCCACCCCCACCACCUGGAGGUAAGUCAGCAUCUUCCUUCAUUAUAUGUUUCUGCCUCAUUAAGUAUUCAUGAGACUCACCUGAGGCGUCCUCACCCCGAACGCCCUAA